UGCGCCAUGGCUGAAGAAGGACCAAAGACUCGUGACGUAUUUCUUCCGCGCUUAGACAAGCGAUAACGUUGAGGAAAACAAAUGAUCCUCUUACGUUCGUCUGUCUUCUUAUUUUAAUCCCACAUAUUUGCUUGAAUUUCUUCAAGGGGACACACUUCACGAAGACUCAGUAUGGCGUUAAAAUCCGGAGAGGACCGCCUGAAGGAGAUGGAGGCAGAGAUGGCGCUGUUCGAGCAGGAGGUUUUGGGAGGACCUGUGGCACCUACAGUGGUUGAAGCUGUGCCAGUCGCUCUGGCAAUGCCAGGUGUACCCAUGGUCAGGCCCAUCAUUGGUACAAACACCUACAGACAGGUUCAGCAGAGCUUGGAGGCGAGAGCUGCCACUUUUGUUGGUCCGCCACCCACAUUUGUUGGUCCUGCUAUACCGGCAGUACCACCUCCUCCAAUGAUGCGUCCAGCAUUUGUUCCGCACGUCUUACAGCGACCAGGAGGUCAGAGAAUGCCAAUGAUGCGUGGUCCACCUCCUCAAGGCAUGAUAGCACCUCCUCUUCCCAGACCUCCACCUCCUCCACCCAUGAUGAUGGCUCCUCGUAUGUCAGGACCCCCUCAGCCCCCGAUGGCUCCAGUUGGACCGCCCAUGGGACCCAUGCCUCCACAGGUUGGAAGCAUGAACCCUAUGAAUUCGGCACCACCGCGGCCCAUGGCUCAAGAGCCUCCGAAGAUCAGUCCCAGUGUUAUACAGGCGGCUCCCACUGUUUACACAGCACCUCCUGCGCCUAAGAGAGCUGACCUCAAGAGCCAGAAACAAGCACGCAUGGAGGAGUUGUUAGCAUUGGUGGCGGAGCAGCAGGCCACAGUCAUGGCAGCUGGGCUGCUGGAGUCAAAGAAGGAGGCGGUACCCGAUGACAGCGUGAUCGGGCCGAGCAAGCCGGAGCCUGAGCCUACACAUAUGGAGCCUGCUGAUACUAGCACAGAAGAUAGGAAGAGAGGGAAACAGGAAAAGAUGAAGAAAUGCAUCCGGGUAGCAGCUGGGGUCUCAUGGGAGGACACCAGUCUAUUAGAGUGGGAUACAGAUGAUUUCCGGAUAUUUUGUGGUGAUCUGGGGAAUGAGGUGAAUGAUGACAUUCUGGCGAGAUCAUUUAGCCGUUAUCCAUCCUUCCUGAAGGCGAAGGUUGUUCGAGACAAACGCACAGGGAAAACAAAGGGUUACGGCUUUGUGAGCUUUAAAGAUCCCAAUGAUUAUGUGCGCGCCAUGAGAGAAAUGAACGGGAGGUAUGUGGGCAGCAGACCCAUCAAACUGAGAAAGAGUUCAUGGAAAGAUCGCAAUCUGGAGGUCGUGCGUAAGAAACAGAAGGAGAAAAAGAAGUUGGGACUGAGAUAAUUCAUCUGUUCUGAAACUGUGGACUUUAUCUGUGUGUGUCACCCAACACCUACAUAACAGAGCAGGAGUCACUCACACUCCUGCAAUAGUUGCAAAUAAACAAGCGUCAGCUUCUUAAAUGGCCCUUAUUACUAAUCAGUCUACAUUUAUUUCCAUGUGUAUUAUUACACACAGACCUCUCCCUCUCACUGCAUGCUAUAAAAUCAUGCAAAUUCUUUCACUUGUCAAGAGAUUUUUUUUAAACACCAAGCGUGGUAAUGAAACUGGUUUGGAUGUUGAAAAAGUUGGUUUUGUUUUCUUCCUCAAUUUUUUUUUUUUAUUCAAAUGUUUCAGCAGCGAACUUUAAAGUUCAGGAAGGCAGUUAAAUUUGUUACUGUAUAAUCUGGAUGUUUUAAGUAAUAUGUGUAAAAAGGCAAAUCUUUUCAAUAAACUGAGGGUUCCUUUAGUCUAAA